AACAAGAACAAGCUAAUAAAACAGUUCGCAGCAGGCCUCGCAGGAGUGCGUUCGUUUUUAGGUUAUGUUUGUAUCGUGUGCCCCGUGAUUAUCCUUUUUAUAUAAGUGUUGUUGGUUGAUUUUUACAUCUAUAUGUUGCAGUAUUUUUACAGGAAAAUACUUUAAAGCCGUCUUGUGAUAUAUUAUAGUUUAAAGUGUUUUUUGGUUCCUGUUCAAAUAAAAAAAAUAAAUCACACUGAUUUGUUCUUAGCAGGAAGGAAUAGCAAGAAAUUCUUUCUAUUUGUUGCAUUAAUGAUUUGGAAAAAUGCAACUCCGGACUCUAGAAUGCCAGCCCAGGACAGUGUAUGAAGAUUAUGUUAAGUACACUAAAAGAAAGUGUUAGCGAGGGCCAAAUAUACAUACACUACAAAGUGUUUUUUUCGUGUCUGUGAUAAAUACGUACAUACAUAAAAAAUUGUGAUAAAAAGUGUUCCCCGUGUAAAUAAGUGACAUGAUGACGUAUCAGUUAAGUACCGGUAGUAUACGGGAGAAGAAGGGUUCCAUGACCAACGUGAGCAAUUGGUUUUCUUCGUUGAAGAGGCCGAAGAAAGUGAAAUAUAAGGAAGAGCAUGUCAGUAGGAGUGUUUGGGACUUGUCUUCAUUGUCGCACCAUAGCAGGAGUUUGCAACUUAAAGAUGAUCUGUGCGAGGUCGUAUCCGAGAUGGAAUCCCUGGAUUCUGGAGAGGACGGGAAGAACAGCAACAAAAGUAAAAUGAUGUCGAUAGGACGGAAAAAGUUCAAUAUGGACCCUAAAAAAGGAAUCGAGUACCUGAUAGAAAAAGGAUUAUUGCAGAACACCCCAGAAAGUGUGGCGCAGUUCCUUCACAAAGGCGAAGGCCUCAACAAAACAGCCAUCGGGGAUUACCUGGGCGAGAAAAACGACUUCAACGAAAAAGUUCUGCAGUCGUUCGUGGAUCUCCACGAUUUCAAAGAUUUAAUUCUAGUCCAAGCUUUAAGACAAUUUUUAUGGAGUUUUCGACUGCCCGGCGAAGCUCAGAAGAUCGACAGGAUGAUGGAAUGUUUCGCGAAACGAUACUGCGACUGUCAAGGCGAGAACAACGUUUUUGAAAACUCCGAUACCUGCUACGUGCUUUCGUUCGCCAUCAUUAUGUUGAACACUAGUCUGCACAAUCCCAGCGUGAAAGAGAAACCCACCAUCGAACAGUUCGUGAACAUGAACAGGGGGAUAAACCAGGGGCAAGAUCUCCCGAGGGAACUCCUAGCUAGUUUAUAUGAGAGCAUCAAGGCCGAGCCGUUCAAAAUCCCCGAAGACGACGGCAACGAUCUGAUGCACACCUUCUUCAACCCGGACAAGGAGGGCUGGCUUUGGAAGCAGGGCGGUCGCUACAAGAGCUGGAAGCGACGGUGGUUCAUCCUCAAUGACAACUGCCUGUACUACUUCGAGUACACGACGGAUAAGGAGCCCAGAGGUAUUAUACCGCUGGAGAACAUAUCAAUCCGGGAGUGCCAGGACAGACAGAAACAGUUCUGCUUCGAGCUGUACGCCAGCGGCGGAGCGGACUUUAUUAAGGCGUGUAAGACUGAUUCAGAGGGCAAAGUUGUCGAGGGGAAACACACGGUUUACCGGAUGUCGGCGAGCAGUGACGAAGAAAGGCGAGAAUGGAUCCACCGACUGACGCAAAGCAUAAGUCACAACCCCUUCUACGACAUGCUGGCUAGUCGGAAGAGGAAAGCGCAACUUUACGCUAAAAACUAGUUAAUUCAAUUGUAUCUAAAUUAUUUAUAAUAAAUUAUGUAAGUUACACAGGUGAUGUAAACACAGAGUGUAAAUAUAUUGUCCAUUAGUACGUUUAAGAUGUAAAUACAACGAAUUUGAAAAAAUAUUAAAUAUUUUUUUCUUAUAAAA